AUGGCCUUGCCGCUGUCGCAAUCCGUGCCACGCUCACAACCUGACCUCGACAUUUCUCAGGCGAACCCCAAGAUUACAGAGAUUGGUAUUGCUGUAAGCAGCCCAUCAGAAAUGCGACAAUACAUCCCAGCAGGCGCCUUACAAGCCGAGAUCACAACAUCAAUCACAGCUGCUCCAGUGGAUGAAUCAGGGCAAGGGACGAAGCAAAAGUCCAAGAAAUGGGGAUUUCUGACAAGAUCAAUCUCCAAGCGUCUUGCUAGUGAUUCCACAUCUAGCAGAGGGAGAGCCGUAACAAACCCGUCUUCCGAUUUGCCUUUUCACGAAAAGGUGACCUCGCAACUUGGCCGGGCAGCCAGCAUGCGAUCGCGGGCUAAACCAGUGUUCGGUCGACACCAGGAAGACCUCGCUGCAACUGGCAAUCCAUACGAAAGGCACAGCGGCCCUCCUCUAUCCCCAUCAUCACGACACGAUUACAGAGACCUACAUACAAGAGAGCGGAAUUCUAUGUCGUCUCUCGAGUUGUUCAAACCCCUGCCAGACACCCCGGUCCUCAAUAUCACGAUACCAACGAUGAGGAUGGAGCGUUACAGUGUCAUGUUUAGUGAAGUUCUUAACAGGGCUCAAAAAGAACCGGUGACAUCUAGUCAUUUGACGCUCAGCUCAUCUGCGUUAAAUACGAUCGAAGAGGGUGAGGGAGAGAAGAUGAACAUUGAACGGGUUCCACAACAACAGCAGCAGCAAUCUCAAAGAGUUCAGCCCAUGUAUUCGAGGAGUAGAGCAAACACAGGCUCUGACGUUAUGUCAAAUGAGUCCUCCGAAUACACACAUGAACCGCCGAGGACAUCGCAGAGACCUACAUCUGGCACAUCAGCCAAUUCUGCCGAUGGGCGCUUGUCUAGCGUCAACGGGGAACAACGUCAGCCACUCGUCUCCAAAUUUCAUCGACCAACUCGAUCUCCAGACAGCAUAUGGAGUCAUACAUUGCCCACUAUAGAAAAGUCUCUCGAUCAGCCCAAGCCGUCGAGUGAGCAUUCCGAAGGAGACGCUGUGCAAAUACUCGAGAGCUCUACAAAUUCUCAUCAUUCUGCUCUCACAGGAGCAUCUGAUACUGAGGUUAGACAAGCGCGGUCAGCUUCUUUGCGUCAAGACUAUCCGGACUUGACCAAGCCGGUGGUGAAGCCGAAAGUUGAAGAGCAGGAAAGUAUAUACGAAGUUGCCAUUGCUAGGCAAGUGAGCAUAUCGAGACAACAGCGCACCAUGCUGGGGCCGCUGCUUGGUUCUACGUCAAGACGAGGCCCGCGGAGUCCGAACCAACGAGACGCGGCAGCACGGAUAGCUUUGGGAACAAGCACACUGGUAGCGGAGAACAACACCUCUACUCCUACGGUGGUACGUCCAUCUGCAGAGUCUUGUGGCAGCCCAGAUAUGUUGCCCCACGGCGAAAGGGCAAUUAUAGAGCGCGUGUGA